AUUCAAAUUCAUUUCUCACAAAAUGCCACGACCUUCGAUGUUUGAUUCAGAUUCAGAUGAGUGCGAAGAUCUUGAGUUUCUUAAUACUCGUACGAUCCGCGAUGACAAGGGGAACAACCGUAAGAGGAAGAGCACAGACACCAUCGACAAGCAGGAUGAAUUCCAGGAAUAUAAUAACCAUACCUCCUCCAGCGCUUUUCCAAUAGUAAAGCAACUAUUAUGCCGACGUGACCCAAAGCCGCUGCCCACCAAGUUCCGUGCUGGUAAGGUUGUUAUGGACUUUGGCCCCGACGAACAUGCGGAUCCCAUGAAAGUCGUCUACGAAGACAGUCCAAUGAAACCUCCAAAGACAUCGAGGAUUGCCAAGACCCGACGAUUCCCUAAAGAGGCAAUAACAUUUCCAACUAAACUCCAAGAUGUUUCAAGAGCCCCCGUCUAUAUAGAACUAAAUCUUCCAAUGGAUUCACUUUGGUUGUUUGAUCGCCGUUUUCGACCGAUGUCACCCAUUUCCAGGAGCUUUGUGGAUGAUAUUGACAUAGAUACGCCAUCGCCGGAGGAUAUAUGGGGCAGUUACUUGAAUGUGAAGAUGGGAAUUAUAAAGCUCUCGGAUGCCGUAUGGCCAUUGUGUUGCAUGACGAAUUCGGAGGUAUCCAAAACUCCGCCUCCAAUUUCAACGGACUCUCAAAAUUCCAAUAAGUUUCCGACGAAAACGAAUAAAAAUAUUUUCGAAACUGGCUGGGAUAGACAGAUUGGAGAGAAUGAGCUGAGGGUCUUGAAUCAGUGGUUAGAGUCUGAGGUGCUCCACAAUCCUCAUAAUGAUAUGGAAGAAUCCGAUUUAAAAGAAAAGCAAAGAAAAGGAAAUGAACCCCAAAAGCCUCGGAUUCUAGACAAUGAAGAAGUCUCCUUUGCUAACUUUACCAUUGAAAUCGAAGAGCAGCGGGCCAUCAAGGAAUGGAUAAAAAAGGAAGGGCUAAGCGAACCCCACAGUGAUAUAGAUGAGUACGAUAUGCUAUUUAGACUAGCCAGAGAUCCAGAAAAGAAUCGGGAUCUUCUGUUUGAUUUACUGAAACCCAAGGAUCUUAUACCCCAGGAUAAGAAUGUUUGGAAAAAGUUUCCACCAAAAUUAUUGGAAUUGGCACAGAAACCAGAUUUUGUUGAGCCUGAGCCGUGGAAAUCUGUACUCGACGAGAAGAUUCCCAUCGAUAAUAUUCUGGAAAAGGAACCAGAAAAAGAAACUCCAUUUAUUGAGAAUAAACCAGAAAAGCCUGUUAUCCUUGAGGUCAAAGACAUUAAACCAUUACCCCCCAAGCCAGAGGACGAGGCAGAUAUACAGGGUUGGCUACAGCAAUGCAGUGAAACCAUUUCCCAACAACUGCAACUUCUCAUCAAUGAGGACAGUUCCAGCAAAACAGAUUCUGCAGAACCCGAGGGUAUUGAUUUCGAAUCCGAGAUUAGCAAGCAACAACUGAAACCCCGAGUCCUGGGAGAAAGCAAUAAAAAAGUCUCACCGGAAUCUGGAUGGCAGAACAGCUUCACAGUUCGCCUCGAGGACUUUGAGGACAUCGUCGACCAAAAUAUGACAGAGUUUAGGGAUCCCCAAGCUAAGAGAAUCCGCUCCAAGUGGAACAAGCGGUUUGGAUUAAAGUCGGCGGAGAAUUUGAGAAGAUGUGUGCUGCUUCCGCCUCUGCCAGUUCAUCUGGACCAGUGCCUCCAGAGGAUCAGAAUCCUAAGGCGUCCCAACAGGCGCAAGGUGGAGCAACUGCGCCUGCGCGUCGAGAUGAAUUUUUGCAAAACGUAUUGCACACUAAAUAUGAACAGAAAUUUGUGUCUUGGAAUUGCGGUUAAUAACCUAAGCAACGCCGUCUACAAUAGAGACAUAGAUGUGAUCCAAGCGCGGUAUGAGGCCUCACAAAUUGCCUGGAUUUGGUCCGAUGGCAGUGUCUUGAUAAUCAAUGGAAGAGGCCAUGCGAUGCUGGCAGAAACCCAACGGGAUCUAUUGCUUAGGAUUGCUGGAAAGCCGAACUUUAAAGCCGAUCCCUCAAACAAGCUUCUACACCUUCGUCUCAUUUCCUGUGCCCACUUUCCAUGGGGCAUCUCUUUGCCGGAGUUCAUCGAGUCAUGCGCUAUUUGUCCAGAACCCCAUAUGAAGUAUGUCUACUACGUGGACAAGACAAUUCCCGGGGUGGUAGCCCGUGUUCAUGAGACGGGAAUGAUUCAGGUGUUUGCCAUGACCACUGGUGAGGCGGAUAAUAUGCUAAAGAAAGUGUACCCCAUUACGGCCAAUCACCGAAGGGCCACCAUAGAUGUCAUCAAAAAGGAAAUAGUAGACUAA